GACCUCGUACACAUCUGAAGGUCAUCGUUUCGUUCUCUUCAGAAUAUGUGAAUUUCAAUGACGAUGUGCAUAAGUCCAUGGAUGAUACACGAAUGAAUUGUAACUAAACCCCAACACAUCGAUAUGAGGAACAGAAGUAACUCCGGAAUACGCUUAGAUUAUUACCAGAGACUUGUCAACAAAAGUAUAUUGAAGUAUCAGAACCCCUCAACAGGACUGUUAUCGGCCAGUGAAAACAACAGCCAUGCCUGGGUGCGAGACAAUGUGUACUCCAUCAUGGCCGUGUGGGGCCUGGCCCUUGCCUACAGGAAAGCAGCUGACUUGGAUGAAGACAGAUCCAAGGCAUACGAGUUGGAACAGUCGGUGGUGAAGAACAUGCGAGGGCUGCUCCGAUGCAUGAUGAUGCAGGUUGACAAGCUGGAGAGGUUUAAGAAGACACAGAACCCCAAGGAUUCCCUCCAUGCUAAGUACUGCAGCAAGACCGGUAAGGCUGUUGUUGGUGACGACGAAUGGGGUCAUCUGCAGCUGGACGCAACAUCGCUGUUCCUGCUGACUCUGGCUCAGAUGACAGCAACAGGCUUGCAGAUAGUCUACACUCUAGAUGAGGUGGCGUUUGUCCAGAACCUUGUCUUCUACAUAGAAACAGCAUAUCGUACACCAGACUACGGUAUCUGGGAGCGAGGAGACAAGACCAAUCACGGCCUUCCAGAACUUAACUCCAGUUCUAUUGGCAUGGCCAAGGCUGCACUGGAUGCCAUCAAUGAGUUGGAUCUGUUUGGCUCCCGGGGGGGUCCGUCUUCUAUCAUUCACGUUCUGCCGGACGAAGCUCAGCAGUGUCAGGCAAUUCUUCACUCCAUGUUGCCAAGGGAAUCUUCAUCCAAGGAGAUUGAUGCUGGGCUGCUGACUGUGAUUGGAUAUCCUGCCUUCUCUGUGGACGAUGUGGAGCUGAUUGAUCUCACACGACGCACCAUUCAAGAGAAACUGGAGGGUAGAUAUGGAUGCAGCCGGUUCCUCAGGGAUGGCUACAAGACAGCUAAAGAGAACCCCAACAGACUCCACUAUGAACCCUGGGAGCUGCGAGUGUUUGAGAACAUCGAGUGUCAGUGGCCCAUAUUCUUUGCUUUCUUUAUCCUCGACGGACUCUUCAACAAGGAUAAACAAAGGGUCGAAAAGUACCGCCAGCGACUGGAUGAGGUGAUGAUGAAGACAGAAGAUGGCGUACCCAUCAUGCCCGAGUUGUACUACGUCCCUGGAGACAAGGUCGAUGACGAAUACAAGAAGCCCAACAGCCAGAAGCGUCUCUCUGGGGGCAAGAUCCCUCAGAUGUGGGGACAGUCCAUGUACAUCCUGGGGCGACUCAUCUACGAGGGCUUUCUGUCUCCGGGGGAACUUGAUCCUCUGAACAGAAGACUGGUGUCCGAAACAAAACCAGAUAUUGUUGUUCAAGUUGUGAUCCUGUGUGAGGAUUCUGUGGUCCAGGAGAAGCUGUCUCAGCAGGGCAUCGAGUUGGAGACAAUGAAGGACGUGGCCCCCAUCCAGGUGUACCCCGCCAGGGUGCUCAGCCAGAUAUACUCCCUGCUUGGAAAGAAUAACCGCCUUGGUUUGACUGGACGGCCUUCCAGUGAAAUUGGUCUCCUAGCAACCAGUAAACUGUACAUGCUGCAGGAUCAGAUUCUAGCAUUUAUCCCUCAAUUUUUGGACCAACUGUCCUUCUAUCUGCCACUAGACAUUGACUUCUUACUCGAUCACUACAAUACGGACGUGGAUUUUCUGUCACGCAACUGGCAGAUGUUAGGACGAUCAACGAUAAUCUUCAUGUUGUCAUCUGCCAUGUUAGUUUAUGGACGAGCAGCGCGCUUCUACGUGGCUCAAGACACUAGCUUCAUGUUGGACUUCCUCCGUACUGAGAUAGCCUACCUCAAGAGCAGCUGGAACUCCUUGGGCAGACCCACCAUCACAAUCACUAUCUCUCACACACUUCUUGACACCUUCAAUGCCCCAACGUCUGCCCUGACGGCCACCAUCAAGAAGCUGCAGACGGGCUACAUUCACGGCACAAGAGUGCAUCUUGGCAAGUUGUCCGACUUCCUCACCACAUCGUGUGUGACCAAGCUCAGCUUCGUCCGCGACCUUGAUGACCCGAACCAGUGUGAGGCUACCGUGAUGCGAUUCAUUGGUAACAUCAUGAGUCCAACCUGUCCACGACCUCACCUUCUGUCCCGGGUCGCAAAGGUCGUGUACGUAAGAUACAGAGGUCGCAAUCUGUUCAUGGUAUUGUACGAAGGUCAAGGUCAAUUCAGAUUGACCCAGAUCAAGUACCAGAAAUCCAUGCCCAGUUGGAAAGUUUACAGCCCAAAGUCAGUAGCCCUAGUUCAGGUAGGUAUUAGUGGGGCAGCGUAUGACCCCUCGGUUCUCCGGUCGGGGGCUGAGGGGUCAUGCCGACCCUUGAUGCUCCAGGGGAUGGACAACAGCAUUCCCCGAAGAUCUUCUGAAGACUACCUUAAAUGGUUACAGUGUGUGUAUUCUUUGCAUGUGACUGACCUUCACCUGUCUGUUUCCGCUAACAACGAAGCGAGCAGUCGUAGUGUCAAUAGUAGCGUGUCGACAAGUCCAACCUCCUCCUUCAGUGAAGAUAUGGAGUUCCGGCACCUGCACAUGCACUUAAAGGAGUCUAAAGAGAGCCUCCAUGCAUCCUCCAAUCUGACCCCCAAUAGCAGCCCCCAGGCCUCCCCAACAGCUCACCGGAAACGCCUGGUAGACACCCAGGAGGACAUCAACAUCGACGAGCUGGUGGAGACACUGUCCCAGAGUGAGAACCUGCAGGAGCAAGCCGAUAUCAUACACUACCUGUACAUACAGAAAGGAGCUGACUAUGAUACCAAGAUCGGUGUGGACACAUGCUCCGUCAAGCAGCUACUGACAGAGUUGUAUGAGAAGGCAGGGCACUGGAAGCAGUGGUGGCUGGUACGACACACAGCGGGGAUGUUGAAGAAGAGAGUGGAGGACGGGGAUGUUGAAGAAGAGAGUGGAGGACCUGGCCCUGGCCGCUACAGACCUGCUGGUGAGACAGAAGACCUGCUGGUGAGACAGAAGCAGCUAUCUGUGGGGAUGACCCAGGUGUCACAUCACCAGGUAGACUAGAUCAUCACCAGUCCACUUCCCCCAGAAGAGCUGGCCUCCAUCAUAUUUGAUGCCUGUGGAGAGGACACCAGCACUGCUUCUCUUACACAGGAGCUGCUAAUUUAUCUGGCCAUGUUUAUCAGGACAGAACCAAAACUGCUCCAUGAGAUGCUUCGUCUUCGUGUCGGCCUCAUCAUACAGGUGAUGGCCAUGGAGCUAUCUCGGACACUUCAGUGUACAGGGGAAGAAGCGUCCGACUAUCUGUUGAAUCUCAGUCCCUUUGAGAUGAAAACUCUACUGCAUCACAUUCUCAGUGGCAAGGAGUUUGUCAUCAGCAAAGUCCACCACGACCUUGAAGAUGAGAAACGACUCACCGUCAAAUCUAAACAAACACGAGAGGAAACAAAGUCAUUUGCUCGUCUCAGUCAAAAAAAGGUUGUCAGCCAGAGUGAUCUCCCCUUGAUAACCACAACAGAGGUUGAUGACGAUGACAGUUCAUCUGACCGACAGGGCCAGUGGAUCAGGCGAAGACGUCUGGAUGGGUCACUUAACCGUGUCCCAUUAGAGUUCUAUCCCAGGCUCUGGACAGUGCUAGAGAGGUGUGAGGGACUGUCUAUCAAUGGACAUGUGCUGCCUGGCAGUUUGACACAAGAGAUGACACCGCGGGAGUUCAAGUUUGCCCUGCAGGUGGAGAAGGUGCUGAACCUGAUCCCGCAGCCCGAGUAUCGUCAGCUGAUGGUGGAGGCACUCAUGGUCCUCAUCCUGCUGGUGGAGAACGAUGGACACCACAUCAACAUGAAGCACAUCAUUCAGGUGGACAAGCUGGUGGACGAUGCCAACAAACUCUUCAUCAAGGAUCAGAAAAUGCCUCCUGAGAUGGUGCAGUCCAGUAUGGGAGCAGCCAACAUCUGCCAGCACCUGUAUGACAGCGCCCCGAGUGGCCGCCUCGGUUCCAUGGCCUACUUGUGUCGGGCUCUCGCCAAAACCAUGAAUCUGCCAGUCAGAAGCAAUGAAGAUCUGGAAUGUGCAAUCAGCUAAAGAGAAAGGGUUGUUGACUCCCCGGAAAUGGAAUAAUCCAUUCUGUGGAACUAUGUCAGUUGGGUACAAGGGAAACACCUGGAAUAUGUCAUUUGUCAGACAAGGGUGACAAGCAUGUUUGACAUCCCUGAGAUGGAAUAAUCCACUCUGUUUGAGUGUGUUUGUAGGGUAUAACAUGAACACCUGGACUAUGCCAUUUUUCAGACAAGGCGGGCAGAUGGUGUUGACACACCUGUGUGGAAUGUUCCAUGUUGUAGGAAUGUGUUUGAGGUGUGUAUCUAAACACCUUCAACAUACCACUAGUCAAACAAAGUAGGCAAUAAGUGUUGACACCCCAGUGAUGGAGUGUUCCAUUUUGUGGGAACUUAUAGAGGUAUGUUGAGGAAAGCCUGGAAUAUACCAUUAGCCAGAGCAGGAGGGAAAGUGAUGGAAUAUUCCAUUCUGCUGUGAAGAACAAACCUUGGCUGACAAAUUGUGAACUCAGUGUGUCCAACAUACUGGAGGAAGCCAUGAUCUUUGUCAAGGCAUACCUCAUGACAUUCUCUUCCCACAGAGGUUACUCCUGUCAUAUCUUCCUACAUAACCUCUGUUCUACGACC